GAAAUGACAGCCAGCGAAACUCCACUCUGAUUUGGUCGAAUUGUGCCUUGUUUUGCGACGCAGCACGUUUCGUAUAUCGUGUCGGGGACUGUUCGCGCGCUACGGGGAAGUAGCUCGGAUUAUGCAACGUAACUUGAGCGGGUGGUAUCUACCAAACACGGAGAGCGCGUCGCAAAACAGAGGGGAGGGGAGAAAACUCAGCAACCCGGUGAAAUCCCAGUCGAAUGGCUUCAAACUCGGUCGAGUAAGAACGACACAACAAGUGAGUCAUUGCGAGUCAUUUUAUUCAUAAAUACACAAUUUUGAAGAUUUAGAAUUUUGACCGUAUCGUCAAAAUACAUAUAAUGAGCUUGGGCUGCCUGUGAUUUAUCUUGUUGGGCUGGAAUACCUGUGGCUGGCAAUAUGGCGGCAAAGACAAAAUGAGCACAUCGGUGAAUGACAAGCUCCGUUUUCUCGCAUUUAAAGGGGCUUUCAUCCUAUGCGAACAUGUCGUCCGUGAAACAGACGGAAACUGUGUAAAGAUAUCAUAUUUUCGCUAUAAUGCUCCUGGAAAAACAUUCUCAAAGUCGAAAGAAAGGUUUAUCUCUCUUGGACUACCGAGGGAAGCGCGCGUUAGAAUUUUGAGAUUUGAGAAAGUCCUGGAACGAUCGACUGGGCUUAUUCAGCCUGCUCUCUUAGUGGAACAUCAAAGCAACUCACGGACGUUCAAUUAUUCUUGUUUUUUCCUGGUGAAUUCACUUUCAUUUGUUGAUGCUGGAAGUUUCAGUCAAAGUUAUUGCCUCCCUGCAGAGGUAGAUAUUUGUAAUGGCCCAACUAUUUUCUGGAUUCAUAAAGACACUGCUCAUUUUGGUUCAUCAACUCGACUUGAAUUCAAGACUGCCACUUAUAAGCUGGGUUCCUAUACCAAGAUUAAAAUCCUGUGGUGCGGAGUUAUUGACAAUAGUUUUCUUGCUAUGGGGGUAGGCAGGAAUGAUAGCCUGAAUACAAUAGAAUGGAUAUCCAUUGAUUCUUGCACGGGUGUCAUUGAGGGUGAUGUCUAUGUUCCUUAUGCAUAUGCACCAGUAGUUAAGUGCUGUACUGUUAUAGAUGGAGGUUUAACUAGUACAGGUGGAUGCAGUGUUGUGAUUGGUACGUCGAUGGGUCAGCUGAUCGAAUUCAACCAAGGAAGACUUGUCAACUAUUGCCAGCUUCCUUUCCAGGAUCCAUGUCAAAUUACCAUAGUUGAGGUUGACUGUUAUCUAUGGUUUCUUGUUGAAUCUGAUCGCAAGAAAGCUUGUGUUGCUUGUUUUCAUCAGAAAAAGACUUUUCCAGAAUGGGAGGAUGUACGGUUUGGAUUAGUGGAUGAUUUCCUUGGGGCAGGGACUGAGCAAGUGUUACUGGUCCAUCAUUCUUCCUCUGACUCCGAUCAGCCUUUUCUUAAAUCCUUUACCUUGACUGAUCUAAAUGGCUUAACUGUCUCUUCAGCAAAAGAAGUGAGAGAGCUUUCUAUUGAAAGUGUCUCUAAUUCAGAUGCACUACAACAGACUGUCCAAGCUUUGCAAUGCCAAUUACAGGCCUGCAAUGCUAAGGUAACAGAACUCCGAAUGGAGCUGAAAGACAAGCAAGCUUUUAUUUGUCAAACUUGCAAGAGACUUCACCAAAUGACUUCACCCAACUUGAAAACUAGUGGAAUUGUGAAAUCUUCAGGCAUGAUCUGUUAUCUGGAAGGUGUAACUGGGAAAGAUCAGCAUGAUUCCUCCAAAUCUCAACUUGAGCGUCCAUCUGUGGGUAGUAUUUGGCAAAGAGUUCUUGACGACUGCUGGAUAGUUGGUUUGGAGAUCCAUAAUAUAAGUAAAAGUGUCAUGUCAGACGUAGCAUUGUCUUUAGUGGGUUGUAGACCUGGGUAUAUGGUGUCUAACUCAAAAAGUCUGUUGGGCAAAACACACUCCCUACUGAACUUAGUAGACAACAGCCCUAUUCAAAAUAAAGAAGAAAGCGUGAUCCCACUCCUCAAGAAAAGGCGAGUUGAUACAACAGCUCAAGAAUCUGUGUUACCAGGGAAACUAGAAGCUGGGCCUACGUUACCAGGGAAACAAAAAGAUGGACCUAUGUUUCUAUGGAAACAGGAAGGUAAAGAGUCCUUGUUACCAUGGAAACAAAAAUGUGGAGAAUCCCUGUUACCAGGUCAACAAGCAGAUAUUGUCACCGUGGCUACAUUACCUCAGUUCACCCUUGGGAAUAGGUAUGCUUGCUCUGUUGUGCUGUCUUGGAGAUAUGACUUCAGCGAACUUGAGGGGGAGAGAGAUGCGAUGUGUUGUGGAUAUGUUACUUUAAUGGCUGAAGAUGUCCUUAAUGGAAAGUAUGGUAUGCACGAAGAGACAGAAUGCACUGCAGCAAAGAGAAACUGGAUGGCCGUUAAAGCAGUUUCUUUGGAAACAAGUUUAGUUCUCAGCAGCAACCUUACCUCCUUGCUACACAUCACCACAAUGCUGCGGGGUGGCCUCGGCCUUGUGUCAGGAGCCGUCAGUGACUGUUUACGUGAUUCAGAUCAGUGCCUCCUGUAUGCUGAUAAUGUCAGCGGACCUAUGAAGGGUGUCGCCAUGGUAAUAAGUGCGAGCCGUAGAGAAGCUCAGGUCAAGCUUUAUACAAGAACCACAAGCCAAGUAUACUUGGUUCUCCAUCGAUUACGUAACAUCCUGGCUGAUGACGUCACCAUUAAUCUAGACUCCUGAUAAAGAAGCUAAUCUACCACACCAUCCCACAUGGUGUAGCAUUUGACACGCCGAUACCACAGCCUCACACAUGGUACAGCAUUUGACACACCGCUACCACACCCUCACACAUGGUGCAGCAUUUGGCACACCGCUACCACACCCUCACACAUUGUGUAGCAUUUGACACACUGUACCAAACUCCCCCACAUGGUACAGCAUUUGACACACCUCUACCUGUCUCUUAUUAUUCUGGUAGCGCUGGUACAGAUCACAACAUAUAUGGAACAACCUAAUGUUUGUAGCUAGAAUCGGACCAUCUCCGCGGAAAUAAGAAUCGUUGUCAUUCUAUAACAGCUGAAUAGCUCUAUAUAAAAACACCAACAAAGCUACUGAAUUUGGGAAUCGAGUGAAUGUGUUUCUUUUGUUUGCUGAUGCGUCGUCGCUAUGUACGAGUCUUCCAACAGAGAGGUAUAAUAAACUAGGAUGUAUGUAGUUUUUUUUUUAUCAUAAUUUUUCGUGCAUGUGCACACGGCUUCAACGUCUACCAUUUAUAUUACGAAUUACAUGGAUACACGUGCAUUUGUUUAAUCUACCUAUCCAUUCUGUACAGAUUUAUAUAUAGUACAAUUGUAUACUUUUGUUAUGUCUUUACUCUGUAUAAUAAAAAAAAAAUGUUUUUUUUUGUUCAAUAUAA